AUGCCACCCCGCGUCUUUUUCAUUACCGGAACAUCCACCGGCUUCGGCGCGGAGCUUGUCCAGGUCGUCCUCAGCAAGGGAGACCACGUGGUUGCGACUGCGCGCAACUCCUCAAAACUUUCUUUCAAAGACGCAACCUCUUCUAACAGUCUUCUCGUGGAUUUGGAUGUUACCAAGACCGAUUCAAUCGACAAGGCCUUCGACGCAGCAGUCAAGAAGUUCAAGCGCGUAGACGUUGUUGUCAACAAUGCCGGAUAUGGCCUCUCGGGGCCAUUCGAGACGUUGUCCGACUCCCAAAUCAGGAAGCAGAUGGAGAUCAACUUCUUCGGACUGCUGAAUGUGACUCGGAAGGCUAUGCAGACUAUGCGGGAUCUGAAGACUGGAGGCGUGAUCCAGCAGAUUACGUCCAUCGGCGGUCAGCAAGGUGUGCCGAGCUUCAGCAUCUACUGCGCCUCCAAAUGGGCCGUCGAAGGCUUCACCGAGUCUAUCUCCAAGGAAGUCAAACCUGAGUGGGGCAUUAAAUUCACUUGUAUCGAGCCUGGAGGCUUCCGAACCGAUUGGAGCGGACGAUCCAUGGAGUUCGGCGAGAACAGGACCGAUGCGUUGCAUGAAGCGUAUGACCACAUCGACCCAGAAAAGAUCGCUUCCAAUAGGCACAUGAAGCAGGCAGGUGACCCACCAAAGGCCGCGAAAGUGUUUUACGACCUGGCAGUGAUGGAAAAUCCGCCGUUAAGAAUCGUCGUGGGCAGCGAUGCGUAUCAGGCCAUCAACAAAAAAAUCGAAACCUACUCGGAGAACGUCAAGAAGUUCGAGAAGUGGAGUAAUAGCACUGACGUAGACGAGUAG